GCCAUGUUGACUGGCUGACUGUAGUGAUCGCAGCUUCUCUACACUAUUGUUUACGAGCGCGGAACGCGUGACCGCAGUUCUAUAAAUUAAACGGGAAAAAUCGUCCUACUGCGAGCACGCUUCCAGCGUCUGUCCUUUGAAAAUUUUCUAACAACAAUGUCGCAGUUAUUAUGCGCCUUUGUGUGACAUUGUUCUCUCUAGAAACGAUAGGCGGCGGAAGAACAGCGAUCACGCGUGUCGUACUCCCAGCAAACGGAGCAAAUGGUCUUGAGAGAUUUGGCAAUAGCGCCGGCAACCACAUCGGCAACGUCGCAUAUAAAUCGGGCACGCGAGGUACCUGUUCCUCAGUCGCUUGUCAAAUCUUGUGGUGUGCGGUUAACGUUGUUCUUACGGCAGACUUACUUAGAUUUUUCGAACAAAGAACUCAUCCCAUAGAGCAUCAGUCAUUACGUCGGAGCAAUUAACGAAGUAACUUGGGAAAAACGGAGUAGCAGUAGCGUUCGAGGAAAGAAGAAUGGUCAGGAAGAAAGAAGUGGACGCUGAUGCUUUUAUCUAAAGAAGAUGAGAAUGAUCAUCAGUCAAAGAUAGUAAAAUGGCGAAUCUAGAAACGUGAGAGGAAGAAAGAAAAAAGAACUGCAUUAAGUAGUAACUUCAUUUAAAAGAUUUUGCAUUUUGAUUACAAAAAUGGAAAAAUCCCAUAGAGACAUUCUCAUUCGUUUGAGGAAGAAUAUAAUCGAUGAUUUAGAUAUAGAGAAUAACAUUAUACAGUCUUUAAGAGAUGAGAAUAUCUUAAAAGAAGAGGAUAUAAAAUGUAUUUACAUGGGACUGACUAAAGAAGACAGAACAUGCAAUUUGUUAGAUAUAUUACCACGAUGUGGAACACGAGCUUUUGAUGUCUUUCAUCGAUCGUUAAAACAUCACUACGAAUGGCUUAGCGAUGAUAUAGAUAAAUUGUUAGACAAUUCUGAAAUAGAAACCAACGAAGAAAUAGAUUAUUGCGCUGAGCCUCUUAACGUCCCACCUCUUUCUCCAUUGACAGUUACGAGAGAAGAAAAGGUUGAACAGUUAAAGAUAGCUUUACAACAAUUAAUUCCAGCAGGAUACAUUGCGUUACAUGGCAUGAAAGGAUUUGGAAAAACAAGUCUAGUUGGCAGUACUCUGAAGGAUGCAAAAUUAGUAAAAGAUUUAUUUUCUAAUAAGAUCUACUGGAUUAAUUUUAGUUCUAAAACUUUAAUUGAUGAAGAAAUAUUAAUUCAUUUAAACGCACUCUACUAUAAUGUAAGGAAUUUCCAACCAGAAUCGAUUACUCCAUUGGAAAAAGAUUCUCUCAUCCAAUAUUUGAAAUAUUAUUUUAGUAGACAAGAAAACUGCAAAGCUUUAUUGAUUCUAGAUAAUGUUUAUGAUAAAAAAAUUAUUGAUACUUUUGAUUUCAAAUGUAAAACUAUAGUUCUUACUGCUGAUAUUGAGGUUGUAUCUCAUAAGAAACCUAUCAUAAUAGAGAUGAGAGAUGGAUUUACGGAAGCAGAGACAUUAGGCUUAUUUGCCAAAAAUUUGGAAAUGGAUGUGAACGAUUUACCUAUAGAAGCAAAAAGAAUACAUGAAGACUGUAAAGGAAUGCCGAUGCUUAUAGAUUUGUUUGCUGGGCAAUUUGCAGAAUUUAAAGACGACAUGCGUAUACAUACUGAUAGAUGGAGAUAUUACUUAGACUCUUUAAGGAAAAAAGAUGCAACAAAUACAGUAAUGAAGAAAUUUCUAGAAACACAAGAAACUAUUUUUGAUAUAUGUAUUGAACAGUUAAGACCAGACUUGAGAGAACGUUACGAGAGCUUAGCUAUUUUUCGUGAAGAUGUUAAUAUAACUCCAAAGACUCUAGAAAUUUUUUGGGGACAAAGUAUAUAUCAAGUUGAAGAACUGAUGUUGGAUUUGUGCCAUAAAUCACUUGUAGCCAAAAAGUGGAACAAGGAUUUGAAAACUUAUAUUUAUGGUGUGCAUGAUUUGCUGCUAUGCCAUCUUAGAAAACGAACUCACGCCAAAUUGAAUCAGAUGCACAAGUCUAUUAUUACAGAGUAUCGCAAAUAUUGCAAAAAUGAUUUUUCAAAACUGCCGGAUGACAAUUAUAUUUACUCGUAUAUUGGUUAUCAUUUGGAGCAAGGACAAUUGUUCGAGGGAUUUCGGCUUCUUUAUUUAAAUUUAGAUUUCAUUCAAGCUAAAUUAAUACAUGCGGGUUUGAAUGAUGUACUGCUAGAUCUCAGAAAGUACAGAAACUACAUCACGUUAGAUAAAGACGAGUUUGAGAGGAUGGUCUCUGAUAUAGAAAGAUUUCUUCAAAAACAUGCAAGCGUUAUAGUAGAACAUAAACAUAAAAAAUGCUUAGAUAUUAUUCAAAUCGCAAUGAGUUACCCACAUGAAGGCUACAUCGCGCAAACCGCGAAAAUUCUAGCUGUACAAAGACAAAAGUACUUGUACCUAUCUCAUGAGAAAAGUCGGCAUCAUAUAACACCAUUGAUGCCAUUGACUGACGAAAUAUCAAUGAACGUUUGUACAUCAUCCUUCGCAAAUGAUCCUGACUUUAUCUUAACUGGAAAUACAUCGGGUAAAAUAAUUCUGUGGGAUUCUGUACGCAAGCAGCAUAAAAUCUUUAAUGGUCACAAAGAAGAUUGUUCUAUUAAAAAAAUUGUUGUAUCUACGGAUGGUGAUUGUUUCUUAUCCUUAAGCAAUGACGGUAUAAUCAAGUUAUUCUCUCUGAUUACAAAUGAGGACAAUGAGAUAUUUGAUCAGUAUUACAUGCACGUUGAUAGCCCACGACAAAAACAAACAUGUUAUUCUUCCUUUUUUACAAACUUGGAUGGUCAGGAUGACAGCUUAGCAAAAUUCUGGGUGGAAAAUGAGAUUAUAAAUGAUAUGGCUUUUGGUUACGAAGACAAAUAUAUCGUUGCAUGCACUGACAAAACAACGAUUCAGAUAUGGGAUCGAUAUGGAAAAAUAGUAUUCACCUUGAGAGGGAAACAUCAGUGCAUUCCGAAAAUCGCCUUUACGGCGAAUGCUUCUUUACUACACGUAAUGGACGAGUUAAAGGGUGCUUUUGUCACGUACGCAAAUUGUGGAAAAGACUACACUACUUAUCGCUAUCUCACCUGUUAUAAUCUACAAUUGAAAUCUACAGCUGAAAAAAUCAUCUUCUUUCAUCAUAUACCCAACCGUGACAAUUCAUUGAUGGUCAUUACUAAGAAGGAAGCUAUGUACGUAAAAUGGGGAUGGGAUGAGGUUUGUGCGUACAAUUUCAUCAAGCAGACGAAAGCGUAUGUCGAUGAUGAUACAGUGACUUAUGUAUGUGCGACUAUUACAUACGACGGUGAAUACAUAAUAUUGGCUGAUUCUGCGGGUUUUAUAAAUGUAUGGGAUACCUAUUCUGGAUAUCAACCGAUCGCGACUUACAAAAGUCGUGUCGUAUGUUUGGAUUCUGUUUGGUUGACAGACGAAGGUUAUCAUAUUAUAUGUGGAAAUGGACAAGGAAUAUUAUAUAGAUGGAAACUUCCAGUACGAGGAUCAAAUGAAUUACCGAAGAAAUGUUUAUUUGACGCAGUUGUUAAUUCUGAUGACAAAAUGGAUAUUGUAGUCAAAGAGAGUCCUUCAAAAAAAAUUAUAGUAUCAAAGGGAGAAGAUAUAACAACAGAAACUGAAUUUAUAGAAGGAAAGAUAUUGAAUUUGCAACUAUCCGCCAAUGGAAACAAGGUGGUAUGUGUUACGGAUAAUCAACGAAUUCAAUUGUUUGACACAACAACUGGAGACCUUUAUCUUGACAUUGAACAAAUCCAAUUUGUGAAAAUGGUCAAUCUGCAUAAUUGUGACAUGGUAUUCUGCAAAUGGAAAGACAAUAUGUUGAAGGUAUGGCAACAAAUAUGGCACUCGAACUCAAGAAUAGAUACUAAAGUAUUCAAAAUCGAUACUAAAACAGCCAUUAAAGACGUUCACAUCAUAAAUGACAAUUAUGCCAUAACAGUAACGCAAACUGGCAUAAUAACAAUAUGGCAUAUUAACUUUCCUUGGCAACUGAUAAGCCAAUUAAACCUGUCUAAUUCGCCUUUACAUAUUUCAUUCAGCUGUUUAAGUUACAAUCAAAAUUACUUAGCGAUUUUAAAUGAAUCGUACAGUUUAACUUUAUUAUGCAUGUCCUACAAGUCAGAGGAAGCGAUGAGUAUAAAAAUUAACAAACAUUUAACGCAUAUUUUUGCGCAAAAGACAACUUAUUGUGAUAUUUCAAAGAAUGAACAAUAUAUUGCCGUUGGCUUUGAAUCAGGACAAAUUUCUAUUAUCGAUAUACAGAAGAAAUCGGAAAUCACUCGAUUAAUUUUCCAUUCGAAUUCCAUUAUGCAAUUGUGUUGGGCUCCAGCUACCAUAGGCGUUCCAAUUUUAUUGUCAUUGACAAGCGAUGAAAUAAUUUGGUGGAAUGUUACUCUAGCAAAAAACACGAGAACAAACACAAAGAAUAUGCGAAGAAGUCGGAUGGGCAUUAGCCGCAGUACAAGCACUCCUUCGUUCAGUACAAAUGAUUUUGGCAACCUACAAAUAUCUAACAGCCGAAGCAUAGACAUCGGUAAUCUACAAGAUGAAACAUCGAAUGGAGCCGUUACAAAUAGUGUCAACAGUAAAACUAAAUAUUGGCAAAAUAAAAUAGGCAAAGAUCUUGAAGUGCCAGAAUUAUUAGCGGUUAUCGAAUUACCACCGAGUCGUGAUCCAAAAGUAUGUAUCUCUCCAGAUUUCACUAAAUAUGUUAUGGUUGACAUGUACGGAUCUGUCAAUAUAUUUAAACUAAUUGGUUAUGAUGAUUCUAUCUCGAACAUAGGCUAAUUAUAAAAUUAAUUUAGAAUAUCAUAUUACAUUGCAAAUAUUGCAAUAUAAGACGAAUAUGUCAUUAAUAGAAAAUUGAAAGGCGAAAUUAUAUAUCAAUAUAUAAUAUUAUUCGUCGACAUGUAAAGCCUUAUUUCUAUUGAAUAGAGAGGCUUGAUAUACAAUUGUAUAAUGAUGUAGAUUUAAUUGAUGUAGAAUUAAUUAUAUUAGGAGACAUGUUUUACGAUAUAUUGCCACACAUGUGCUCAAGCUAAUAUUAAUGAAAAGUAUAUAUCUAUUAAUAGCAAUAUUCUUUACUGCCACUUGCAUUUAAGGAGAAGUUAAUGUCAAUUUACUAUUUACGUAAAACUGAUUUUUACUUACAUUUUUCUUACAGUUUUUGAAAUACAGUUUUUUAUUAUAUAUAUAUGAACAAAGGUACCAUUACAGUAUAUUAUAAAGAAAUAGCUGAAUUGUAUACGUAUACAGUUUGUCACUCAAGAUUGUAUGUUCGAUUACUCAUAUUGUCAUCUUAAAUUUUUUUACUUUUAAAUGUCAGUAAUUUCAUAAAAAACAUUCUGUUUGGUGCUGAAACCAUUAUUGAAAAAACAUUAUGGAGAAACCCGAGAAACAUUUAUCAGGCAAUAAUUGAUAAGAGUGAAAACUGAUCUCUGAAGUAAUCAUUCAUUUUUCUAUAACAAACUGUAUGUAUUUGUGCCAUCUGUAAAUCCUACAUGUAUAUUUUAAGCUGCCAAAAAUGUGCUUGUAUUACAAGUACAUUUCUAUACUCUUGCAUUUAACUAAUCAUUUAUAAAUGAUGCUACUAGGUGCGUAUAUCUCGGAAAAUGUUAGUUUAAUCAAGUAUUGUGAUUAUCCAUUUUGUGUUAUGCAUUUUUCGAAAUUGAAAUAAUUUUGUGUAUAUAGAUUAUUUGCAGAAUACUUUUAAUUAUCAAUGGAAGAAAAUUAUGUAGUUAUUUACUUAUUUUAAGAGAAACUUUAAUAAUUUUUAUAUAUAUUGAUAUCAAACAAAUAAUUAUUAUUUUAACACGUAUAACGCAAUAAUAAUACAUAAUAUUUAAUUUUUAAAUAAAUCUCCCUAAAAAAUUAUAAAAUGAAAAAAUUAAUAGAAAAAUUUAAUUUGAUGUAUUAUGUAUCAUACAUUACACAUCAAUUUGUUUUUUUUUCUUAUACAUAUAUAAUCAAAAUUAUCGCACUUCUUAGUUAACGCCAGUAACUAUAUUUCAUUUAUAAUUUUAAAAGUAAACAUAAUAUUGAUAUUAAUUACACGGAAAGAACAAUUUUUCUAAAAUACAGAACUGAAAAUAAUUAUGUUGAAAACAUUAAAAAAUUUACAUUAAACGUAUGUAUACAAGCUGGUUGCUAGAAUGUCAAAACUCUUGCAGCAGUAUCAUCAAGCUUCAACUUUUUACAUACUUAAUUAUUUUGAUAGUUAAAAAUUAAAAUAUGUUCUUCUGAGCUGUAUCUAGCUAAAUUUUUAGAUACUAGCUAUAAUAAAAUUGUUUCUUCCGAGUAUGAAAAAAUGUAUCAUAAAUAUGUAUGGAAAUACUGGAGGAGGAUUAUUCAAUUGUGAUCAUGUAUGCUUCUGUAUAAUAACUAGAAAUAUUACUUGAAUGAAUAAUCCUUUAUAGUAUAAUACUUUAUAGAUAUAUUGUUUUUUAUACCAGUGUUGUGUUAAAAAAUGAAAAACUAAGACUGAUGAGCAUGACAGUUCAUGAAUUAUACUGUAUCCAUCCAGUCAAAUGGUUGCCAUGCAUGUAUGUGCAUACAAUACAUAUAUACAACAUCAAUGUAACAAUAUUACGUAAUCCUACGUAAUAAUUUUUGAUUGUAGAAAAAAUUGUAAAUUGUAAUUACAUAUAAUUCAUGUGCCUUAUAAAAAACAUAAGUAAGAUUUAUGAUAAAAUAAUGGAGCAAAGACAUAUGUAAAAAAAUCACAAAAUUUUAUAUAUCUACUUUAAAGAUGUGCGUGUGAUACUAAAUCACGUCUUUAAACAUCAAAGCUCUAUUGUGAUUAACACUUUGCUCCACUUAUUCUACUUAAUUGUGUUUAUUUUAAUGCUCGAAACAUAACAGUCGAGAAAGAUUUAAAGCGAACACCAAAUCGCGCGUUCCAUAGUUAUAUAAGAAAUCACAUUCUUAGCUAUGUAUAAGAUCUUUUUGUAUGGAUUCCAUUAUUUUACUCCUUUUUUGUAUAAUCCAAUUUUUCGACUCCUUUGACUCUCUGUUAGCGUCGUGAAGUGAAACGUCGUCGAGUCUCUUGAUCUUGCCGCAUUGUCGCACUAACAGAAAGUCGAAUUUUAGUUGAUCUCAUAUUUUUCUACUUUUUACAUGAAUCUAGAAGACAGUAACUAUAUCUAAGAAUCCUAUAUGUAUAUACAGACUGUAAUGCAUUUAUAUAUAUAUAUCUUUCUGUAUAUUAUAAUCAGAUUGUAUCUAACAUCUGUCUUUGAACAUUUUGCAUACGUCAUAAUAAUUAUAUUUAUCAAAUUUCUUAAAAAGUUUAUUUUAUUCUCAAGUCUUAUAUUGAUUAACAACAAAUUGUAAUAUAUCGUCAAGAUAUUUUAUUUUUCUUAUUUUGAUAAAUGAUUAGAUACAAAUCUGUCUUUAGUUUGACGAAAUAUAUGUAAGCGUAAGCCAACAAGAAACAACACAAUUAGAAAAUUGGCCGAUGCGUAUAUAUUGUAUAAUUUACAUUCUAAUGUCAAUCAAACUCAAUUUUUAAUUUGUAUUUUAUAUGUACCUUAUUCUCAUGCUACAUGUUGAUUACGCUGUUAUGAAUAUAUGUAAAUAUAAAUAAAAAUUGUGUACAUACACAA